AUGGCAUCUCUUAAUCCAUGGGGAAAGCUCGACGAAGUACAAAAUGAAAGACUCAUGGCACGUCGAAAGACGAGGAAGAGAAUCGCAAUUAUUGCCAUAUCUUCCAUUGUUCUUGUGUCCAUCAUUGUGGGUGCUGUUGUUGGUGGUGUUUCCAACAACAAAAACAAAACUUCCCAAAAUGAUAAUGUGUCGUCAACUGCCUCAACCAUUAGAGCAGUAUGCAAUCUAACCUUGUAUCCAGACUCUUGUAUCUCCAGCCUUUCCCCAUAUGCUGCCAAAGGGAAUUCUCUCAAACCUCAAGACAUCUACAAGAUGUCCAUUGUAGUCGCCCUCAACGAGCUCUCUGGUGCCUCCGACAAGUUCUUCAAGAGUGAGAAUUUCAAGGACAUUAAUGAUCCGGCAGCUGCCAAAGCUCUCGAGACUUGCCACGAGCUUUUAUCCCUUGCGUUUGAUCACUUGAAUGACACAUUGUCAGUUGCUGAAAGCUCGUUACUCGAUGCCUUUGAUGAUCUAAGGACAUGGUUGAGUUCUGCAGCGACUUAUCAGCAGACUUGCAUUGAUAGUUUCGAAAAUGUCACUUUAAGCAAAGCUGCAGGACAGAAUUUCAAGAACUCCACCGAGUACACCAGCAACAGCUUAGCACUUAUAAGCUCCUUAGAAAAUUCCAUUACCAGCUUAGGCGGUGCUAUCGGAAAGAGGCGUUUGAUGGGAUUUGGCAAUGAUCAGUACCCGAGCUGGUUAUCGUCAAAUGACAGGAAAUUGCUGCAGAAAUCAGCAGCAAAGAUAAAGGUGAAUGUAGUAGUGGCUAGAGAUGGUUCAGGGAAGUACAAGACCAUUAAGGCUGCACUAAAAGCUGCACCAGAGAAGAGCAAGAAGAGAUUUGUGAUCUAUGUGAAAAAGGGUAUUUACAAAGAGAAUGUGAGGAUUGAGAAGACUAAAUGGAACAUUAUGAUCAUUGGUGAUGGUAAAGAUGCUACCAUCGUUACUGGUAACCGUAACUUCAUUGAUGGAACACCUACAUUCCAAAGUGCCACAUUCGCGGUGUUUGGUAAGGGAUUUGUGGCUCGCGAUAUUGGAUUCGUUAACACAGCUGGUGCAGCCAAGCAUCAAGCAGUUGCCUUGAUGUCAACCGCAGAUGAAUCAGUCUUCUACCGCUGCAAAAUGGAAGCUUUCCAAGACACUCUUUACCCUCAUUCCAACAGACAAUUCUACAGAGAAUGCGAUAUCUAUGGAACAGUCGACUUCAUUUUCGGAAACUCAGCCGUAGUCCUCCAGAACUGCAACAUUCGUCCAAGAAAACCAAUGAGUGGGCAACAAAAUACCAUCACAGCUCAAGGCAAAGUUGAUCCAAACCAAAACACUGGAAUUUCAAUCCAGAACUGUACCGUUAAGCCCUGGGGAAACCUUACUGGCAUCAACACUUUCUUAGGGAGGCCAUGGAAGAAUUACUCAACAACUGUUUUCAUGCAAUCAAACUUGGGAGGAUUCAUUCAUCCAACUGGAUGGAUGCCAUGGGUUGGAACCACAGCUCCAAAUACCAUAUUUUAUGCUGAGUAUAAAAACAUUGGAGCUGGGGCUAACACAAAGAACAGAGUUAAUUGGAAAGGCUUGAAAUUGAGACUUACAAGCAAAAUAGUAAGCAAGUUUACAGUUAAACCUUUCAUUCAGGGAGACAAAUGGCUUCCGGCAGCCGGGGUUCCAUUUAAGGCUGGCCUUUGA